AUUUUCUUUUGCCAAAGAAUUUUUAGAACAAUUUUCCUUUUGCUAGAACAUAAAACAUUUUUGGUGCUUUCAAAGUGUUAUCUGUUGUUGUUGGGGUUGACAGUAGAUGGUUAGAUUUGUGGCAAAGCUGAGUAAAUGAUAAAUAAUGUUAUUUCUUCUUUUGAUGUUUAGAUUGUUGAAAGUGAUGCUUUUAAGGGGGAUUGCUCAUAUUGUUUUAGUGAUAGUUUUGUUAAUGCUUUGGUGGGUAUAUGGUGACAUCUUGAACAAAGUUUUGCUUUUUAUUUUGGUGCAGAUGGAAAGUUUCUGAUGUGCUGAUCAGUACCGGACUAUUGAAUUAGCCAUGGAAAACCGCGACUGGUUGGGGAAUAGUAAGUCGUCUGAGACGAGUGAUGGUGAAUCUCAGAGUUUCCGAUCAAUAUCUUCGCAUUCCGAUGAUCAGCAGGAGACUAUCAAGGCAUCUCCUGAUAAUAACACACAAUCAUCCGACGCGUCGUCAAAAGCUUCAGCUGAUUCCAAAGAUGUUAAGGAUGACAUUAAGAGCUUGACAGAGAAACUAUCAGCCGCUUUGGCUAAUGUUAGUGCCAAAGAGGACUUGGUUAAGCAACAUUCCCAAGUUGCUGAAGAAGCCAUUGCUGGUUGGGAGAAGGCCGAAAAUGAAGUAGUUGUAUUGAAGCAAAAACUUGAGGAUGCGGUUCAGCAAAACUUGACACUCGAAGAUCGGGUGAGCCAUCUUGAUGGAGCUCUCAAGGAAUGUGUCAAGCAGCUAAGACAGGCAAGAGAGGAGCAAGAGCAGAAGAUUGUUGAAGCCGUGGCAAAGACUACUCGGGAUUGGGAAACUACCAAAUUUGAACUCGAGAGCCGGUUGCUUGAGUUCGAAAAUAAACCCGAAUCUGUUAACUUCAGUCCUGACCUUCGGCAUAAGAUUGAAGCUUUGGAAAAGGAAAAUUCAACCCUCAAGCUUGAGCUCUCUUUGUAUUUGGAGGAGAUGGAAUUCAGAACAAUUGAAAGAGAUAUAAGCACCCAAGCGGCCGAAACAGCGAGCAAACAACACUUGGACAGCGUGAAGAAGGUAGCAAUGCUUGAGGCCGAAUGUCGAAGACUUAAAGCCAGAGGUUGUCAAUCAUGCUCUGUUAAUACCAAAAAAGCGGCAUCUGCCUCCCCUUUUGUUGAAUCCCUUAAGGAUGAUGAAUCAGAAACAUGGGCCUCAGCCUUAAUUGCUGAACUUGAUCAAUUCAAAAAUGAAAAGAUCAUCAAUAGAAAUGUCCCCAGUUCUUCUGUUGAGGUUGAUCUAAUGGAUGAUUUUCUCGAGAUGGAGCGACUUGCUACAUUGCCUGAAACCAAGAGCGAAAAUCAAUGUCUUGAAUCAAAAGCUACUGUGAAACAAUCAAUUGAUGGUGAUAACUUGUUGAAGGAAGAACUUGAAACUAUGAUUCAUCGAACUUUAGAACUUGAAGAGAAGUUAGAAAAGUUGGAAGUUGAGAAGGUUGAACUAGAAAUAGCUCUUGCCAAAAGUCAAGAAAGUCUUGAAGCAUCGGAACUUCAGUUGAGGGUCACGGAAAAGAAACUGUCGGAGUUGAGAACAGAGCUUUGUACAACACAUGAAGCUAAGCACCAUCUCGAGUCACAACUCGGUACCUUGGAAACAGAUGCAAAGACAAUGUCCGCUAGGAUUGACUCAUUAGAAGCAGAAAUUGAAAAGGAAAGGACCUUGUCAGAUCAAGUUUCAGUUAACACCAAUGAAUCAAAGCAACUUCUUGAAUCUCAACUCAUCAACAGCAAAGCAGAGGCACAAAUGAUGUCUGCAAAGAUCCAUUUGUUAGAAGUGGAAUUGUCAGAGUUGCGAAUAGAGCUUUGUUCCAAAGAUGAAGCUAAGCAACAUCUCGAAUCUCAACUCAGUACAUUGGAAACAGAUGCAGAGACAAUGUCUGCAAAGAUUGACUCAUUAGAAGCUGAAAUUGAAAAGGAAAGGACCUUGUCGCAGCAAGUUUCAGUUAACGCAAAUGAGACAAAGCAACUUCUUGAGUCUCAACUCAUUAGCAUUAAAGCAGACGCUCAGAUUAUGUCUGCAAAGAUCGAUUUGUUAGAAACGGAACUGGCAGAGUUGCAAGAGGAGCUUUGUAUGACAAAUGAAGCUAAGCAACAUCUCGAGUCUCAACUAAGUACAUUGGAAAUAGAUGCGGAGACAAUGUCCACAAAGAUUGGCUCAUUAGAAGCAGAAAUUGAAAAAGAAAGGAACUUGUCAGAGCAGGUUUUAGUAAACGCAAAUGAAUCAAAGCAACUUCUUGAGUCUCAACUCAUUAGCAUCGAAGAAGAGGCUCGAAUGAUGUUUGCGAAGAUUGAUUCAUUGGAAACAGAAGUUGAAAAGGAAAGGGCAUUGUCAUCACAAAUUGCAGUCAAAUGUCAAGAAUUGGAAGAAGAGCUGUCAAGAAAGCAGCAGGAAGCUGAGCUCCAGCAAACUGUGAACUCGAACUUUGAACCAAAGAUAAAACAGGAGGAUUUGGUCGUAGCAGCUGGGAAACUUGCUGAGUGUCAAAAAACAAUAGCAUCUUUAGGUCAGCAACUGAAAUCUCUUGCAACACUUGAAGACUUCUUAAUCGACACCACGAGCAUACCAGAGUUCUCGUUGAUCCCCAAAGACGGUGGCGGAGAACCAUGGAAGGUACAUUCUAAUGAAACGUAUUAUCGCAAAAGAGAUCCAGAGUCUCCAAGAGCUAGUGCUGCCUGUCAUGGUCAAUCAAUAAAUAAGGAUGGGAACACACCACCAUCCUCAUCAAUUGUGUCAUCAAAACAUGGCAGUUUAGAGAAGAACCGAAAUGGAUUUGCCAAGUUUUUGGUUCGGAGUAAGAACGGGAUACAGCUAGAAAUUUAAGAGAAGUUGUAAUACGAAGAGAUUGUCAUUUGAAAACAGUGAUUAAAUACUGGCUAAUCACCGUUUAAUUAGUUCACUAUUAGAUUGUCUCGAGAUGCAUUAUUGGUUAUCUGGACU